ACUGAGUCCGACUACACUAGUUUAUUUGCACGUUGUGACCGGUUGUGAUAUUGUAAAAACACCCUUUCCCUCUAAAAAAAGAUUCAUUUGGACGCAAUGGCGCUGCUCAGAGGACUGACUUUGUUAAAUAGAGUUUCUCCAAACAAGUGCUUCAUACCAGCACGACUGUUUGGAAAUGGGACAAGCAGUUUAUACCAGAGCAAUCCUCCUCAAGCGAGAUUCUUCCCACCUUCUGAAGGUGUUAUGCUUCUCCCAGGAACUUACAAAAACAAAGUGGCCUUCAUCACUGGAGGAGGAACAGGACUUGGAAAAGCCAUGACCACCACUCUGUCUUCACUGGGAGCAGAGUGCGUGAUAGCCAGCAGAAGUCUUGAAGUUUUGAAGAAAACAGCUGAUGAAAUCUCACAACAGACCGGAAACAAGGUCCAUGCUGUCCAGUGUAAUGUUAGGGACCCUGCUUCAGUGGAGGCUGCUGUUAACCAGCUUGUAAAUGAUGUCGGCCUGCCUGAUGUGGUGAUAAACAAUGCUGCUGGAAACUUCAUCUCUCCUUCAGAGAAGCUUUCCCCCAAUGCCUGGAGAACCAUCACUGACAUAGUGCUGAACGGCACCGCAUAUGUCACGCUAGACAUCGGGAAACGCCUCAUCAAAGCUGAGAAAGGUGCUGCAUUUCUGGCCAUCACCACAAUCUAUGCUGAGAGUGGCUCAGGAUUUGUUGUGCCAAGUGCUGCGGCUAAAGCUGGAGUGGAGAAGCUUUGCACGUAUGUACUCUGUUACACUACAGACACAUUUUUAGGUGCUGCAUUUCUGGCCAUCACCACAAUCUAUGCUGAGAGUGGCUCAGGAUUUGUUGUGCCAAGUGCUGCGGCUAAAGCUGGAGUGGAGAAGCUUUGCACUACAGAGGAUCAACCAUUUUGA